AUGAAUCACUUUCAGGAUGAUCAGGCAAUGGAUACUGAUGGCAAUGAAAGCCAUUACAAUAUGAACACUCAAUAUAAUAGCCGUAAAAACAAUAACACUAGGAAUAAUGGCAAUAACAACUACAGUAGCAACAAGUCUAUACACCCAUUGCAACAAGAAUACCAGCAGCAGCCUUGGCUAAUACCCCAUCCAAGUUUGUUUAUUUCCUGGAAGAAUAACGAUCAUGCGUCUCACCAUUCUCGUGAAAACUCAUAUGAUCGACACUUUGUAGUAGGAGCUGAAGCAGAACCAGGCGGCGACAGACGAUCAGCAAAUUAUUCUAUCUCGCCACCUCCUCAACGCAUUACUCGCCAUGACAACCAACCUAUGCCAGGUGGCACCAAGUCAUUACCAUCGCAGUUACAAGGGUACAGGCUGCAGCAGCACCGGCCGCCUGUACCAGUGCCUCUAUCCUCUGAACAACAACAGCAACAACAACAGCUCCAACACUAUCGUGAUACUGCCUCUGAUCAAGGCCAUGAAUCCGACCCUUCCGAACUACUGAGAGCACCCAUCUUAUUUAAUGGUAGUGCACAUCCAACUGUGGUGUCAGGCUUUGGUAGUCGAGAUGAACAAGAUGUUUAUACAAUUCGCCGUCCGAACAGGAGCAUGUCGUUGUCUAUAGGAUCCUCUGGUGCCAACAGUUAUGACGAUUAUAACGUUUGGCAUGCUGCUAGGAGAAUAUCCCCCCCAGCAUUGCCUCCACCGUCAUCUAUGGAUCAUCGGGAGGUUGUACCAUAUUCACAAGAGUGGCGCGUCAUCCUGCGUUCAGAGGCACGAGGACGAACAGUACUCUACAAUCCUCAGAUGCAAUCUCUGGUUGUUCAAACCACAGUUGGUUUGGAUUCACAUUCGAUGGACAUGUCCAACCCUACAUCUGCGUUCAUGGACACUAAUUAUUUCAGGAUGCUGGCCGACGCAAAUAUUGCAUUAUCAAGACGAGGCUCGCUUCAAGGCGAUACUAGUUCGCAAUCCCGACCAGACUCAUCUCUAGGAUCACCCACAUCUUCUGGCAGAGCAUCAUUAGACCUUGACAGUACAUUGGCUUCAAUGCACGGGAGCAAUAGCGUCUGUGAUACAAUUAUGAAAGAGAGUACCCAGAGCAGCCAAUCUGCUUCUUCUGCGGCACAUCUAUCGCAUGAUGCGCUCAACCAGGGGUACUACGAACGUUUCUUUAUGGAGCAAAGGAAGUUAGGGCGAGGCUUUCGUGGAUCUGUCUUUCUUUGCCAGCACGUCCUUGAUGGUAUCCAUUUAGGCGAAUAUGCCAUCAAGAAAGUGGCUGUGGGUGACAAUCACGACUGGCUUGUUCAAAUGUUAAGAGAAGUACACCUACUGGAGAGACUGCACCACCCGAAUAUUGUGGGCUACAAACACGCUUGGCUCGAGAACCACCAACUACAUAAGUUUGGACCCGAGGUUACAUGUCUUUUCAUCCUAAUGGAAUGCGCAAACGGAGGAAAUCUGGAGGAAUAUAUUGAACGACCACCAGAGGUUAGUUUUUCUGUCGAUGCCGAGGAGCAUUUAGGGGCGGCGGACGUGGUGAAUACGGCCGAUGAAUCCACUCUAGAUUCGAAGAAGGCAAUGUCCGCAAAAGAGCGUCUGCAAUCAAAGAGGCAACGGCUUCAAAAUAGCUUGACAUCGCCUGGAGGCAAGAGUGGCGAAGGAAAUAACGCAUUCACUCAGGGCUCAGUAUCUAGCUACCCUCGACACUACCUAUCCAUCUCUGAAAUUUGGAGUUUCUUUUUUGAUAUCUGUGAAGGACUAGCGCAUCUUCAUCGACUGGGGAUCAUUCAUCGCGACCUCAAGCCGCCGAACUUGCUAUUGAGCUAUUCAGACAGCCGUGUUAAGGGUAGCAAGGGCGAGCGACCUCGAAUUUUGAUUACCGAUUUUGGAGAGUGUGAAAUAUCGGACCAGGCCGCUAAGAGAGAUAGAACUGGUGCCACAGGCACACUCGAAUUCCUUGCGCCAGAACUAUUAGCAGUAGAUGCAAACGGGCGUUACACUGACGAGUUUUCAUUCAAGGGCGAUAUGUGGUCCUUGGGCAUGGUGCUCUACUAUCUCUGUUACUCGCGUCUACCAUACAGUCAGAUUGAGGAUGUGGAUAUUUUACGAAAAGAGAUCCGAGCACUUAAGUCAAUUUCUAUCCCUGAAGAUGAUGGACUAGGCGGCCGUAUUAUUCCAGAAGAGCUCAAGACGUUGAUCCGCGUGCUGCUUUCGCCAGAGAAGUCUAAGCGUCCAAGCUGUGAUGACAUCCUCUCGAUGCUGAACCAUCAACGCGACCGGAUGAUGCAUGGAGAGAUGGAUUCGCCCACUGCACCCAUCCGUUCAUCCACUGACGCUAAUUACAAAGGACCACCAACGGCAGCAGAUACAGAGCCUAGCUUGUUGGCUAUGGCAGAAGCUGAAGAAAUACGUGAUGUGGAGGAGGAUGAAGCCAUGAAGGAGAUGAGCGCAGUCUCCUCCAGCCGAAGCCAAUUGUCCAGGAAGAGAUCCAAUCGCGGUCUUCAGCCUGCGCAUCAUCGCCAUGGAUAUCUUAUUCGACAUCGCCAGAACCCAAUCAUUUCAGUUUCUGGUAAAGGCCGCCGAUCUAGCAAAGCUGGUUUGGCGGCAGAAGUACCGAAACCUGGGCGAGCCAUGCUCACAUCAGCGAUUAAUAGAGACAACACUGCCAGUCCAAGUCUUAACCUGAACAAGAAGGUCAAGCCAUUGGGCUUAGGUCUUCGACAUAUGUUACGUCGCAGGAUGAUGCACCCUAUCGCCAAUGGGGUUGGUGCAUUUAAGAGCAUAAGGAGCAAUAAUGAUUCUUCCUAUAAUCGUUACCUGCAGGGCUACGGAGCUAGGGAGGGUGACAUGAACAUGUGGUCAAACACGCCUUCAACAGUUACUUUCCCCAUAGAAGUAAGCAAAAAAGUCCCAUCCAUAUUAGCACCUACGGAAUAUCCAGGAAGUCAGAACGACAGCAGCAGCAACUCUAUCAUCAAAUCUUUAAAUAGGCAGUCUAAUACAGCGCCUAUUGACCAACCUGCUGAUCAUAGCAGAACUCGGCUCAAUGAAGGAGAAAAUUCGAUCCAGGACAUGACCAGAGAAUCCGCUAAUAUACCUGAUGGAGACAAAGAAGUGGACAUGGAAGUGAAGCAGGUCAUUAACGCUUUGCCCGAAACAGGAGUUUCGCGAAAAAUAUCAGAUGAUGGUAUUAUAGAGCCUGAAACGACGCCGGCGAUAGUAGAAGAUGGAAAACCAGGGCCAAAGUUAAUCAGACAGAAGCCGCGCCAAGAUGUAAGCAUGUCGUCGCUUUAG